GAUCUUUAUUACCCUACUGCUCGCCCUCGAUGAUAUUUUGGUGCGAAGCUCCUUCGUUAUUUGCCUUCUUGUGCUAGCGGUAUGAUUUAUAUUAUCUGUGCAUGCAGGCUUUCGUGUCGCCUAUAACGUUAGCUUUCCGUUAAGCUGUAAGCAAAUAGGUCAGUCUUCAGGGUGAUUGACAUGUUUCCAGUAGUGGUGGUCCAUGGUGGGGCGGGUCAUAUCCCAAAGGAGCGGUCAGAAAACUCCACUUCAGGGGUGCGCUCAGCAACCCGAGCAGGGUACACCAUCCUCCAGAGAGGGGGCAGCAGCAUGGACGCUGUGGUAGAGGCUGUGACCCAGCUGGAGAAUAACCCCUCCUUUAAUGCAGGGUGUGGGUCUGUGCUGAACAUUAAAGGAGAGGUGGAGAUGGAUGCCAUUGUGAUGGAUGGGAAAACACUGGGUAGUGGUGCCGUGUCUGCUGUACGCAACAUAGCCAACCCUAUACAGCUAGCAAGACUGGUUAUGGACAAGACAGGUCAUGCAUGUCUGACCGCAGAGGGGGCCAAUCAGUUUGCCCGGUCCAUGGGUGUCCCUGAGGUGCCUCUAGAGUCCCUCAUCACCGACUACUCUCGCAUGCGCUGGAAAAAGAACCUGGCACCUGAUGCCAACCCUGUGGAGUGCCAAAUGGGGAAGAUGGGCACGGUUGGAGCAGUGGCAGUCGAUAGUGAGGGCAACGUAGCCUGUGCAACCUCCACUGGUGGGAUGCUGAACAAGAUGGAGGGACGGGUGGGCGACACACCCUGCAUAGGGUGUGGCGGUUAUGCUGACAACCAGGUGGGAGCAGUGUCAACUACAGGCCACGGAGAAGCCAUCAUGAAGGUUAUUCUAGCCAGACUCAUCCUGUUUCACAUGGAGCAAGGUCAGUCAGUAGAGGCUGCCAGUGAUUUAGCUCUGGCCUACAUGAAGUCCAGAGUAGGUGGGCUGGGUGGGGUGGUGACAGUGGACCCUCAGGGCCAAUGGGCCGCUCGCUUCUCCAGUCUGCAGAUGGCCUGGGCUGCAGCCCAGAAAGAUACCCUGCACUAUGGUCUGUACACUGGGGAACACUUCACCCAGAGCAUCGAUGACCCACUCUGAUAUAACCCAAACAGGUUUCAUAUUUGUAAGCUUAGAUUUUGCACUGAAUCAACAAUAGUAAUACUACUUGAUACUCAUACAAAUAUUGGUAAAUACAAUUUAAGGUAUUCUGAUGGUUAAACAUUUUAGUAUUGAUUAAUAUUAAUAUUUUUGUAAUUGUAUUGAUUGUGUUAUAGAACUUAGUGAAGAAAACAUACAGACAGGCUCAAGUGAUUAGUUAGCCCCCAUCAUGAAAUCCUCUCCAGCACCAGACAUACAUCUGCGUUUUGCCUAUCAAGUCCGCCACUGGCAGUUCAGGGUGCUCCCAUUUGGGUUCUCCCUAUCUCCGAGGGUGUUCACCAGGUGCAUGGCGGCAGCCCUUGCACCUCUGCAGUCUUCUGGGCACGAAGAUCCUGCCGUACCUGGAAGACUGGCUGAUCUGCGUGACCACGAGGCCAAGCUGGGCUUAAAGGUAAACUUAGAUUUAAGUUGCCUAAACCCCUCUCAGACCACAACUUUCAUUGGUGUGGCCUUAGACACGACAACCAUGAGGGCCCGUCUGUCCCCUCUCCAUGUGGAAAAUAUUAUCCACUUACUUGCCCUCUUCCAAAUGGGCGGAUAAUUGCCCUACGUCAUGUUCCUGGAUCUCUUGGGCAACAUCAGUGUUGACCAGCAGAGGUGGCUGAACAGCUUCCACAUGGACGCCAAGUGGCACAGACACCAGAAGCUCAGGGUUUCACAACAGUGCCUUCUCGGCCUGGCUACAUGGAGGGGCAUCCCUAUGGACUCUGCCCCAUCCAGAUAAGAGAUUGUCACCACAGAUGCAUGCCUUCAGGGUGGGGCUCAGUGUAGAAGAGCAGGACAGUUCAAGGACAUUGCCCUUGUGCAAGACCGCACCAAACACAUCCAUGUUCUGGAGCUGCAAGUGGGGCACCUAGUUCUCAAGCACUUACUGCUGUACCUGAGAGGAAGGCAUGUGCUUGUACGGUCAGACAACAUUUUCGACCGUCUUCCAUAUCAACCACCAGGGUGGCACCAAUUCUGCAAGGCUGCUGCAGGUGUCCCAGGACCUCCUGACGUGGGCAGCACCCCAUCUGCCCAGCCUGCGAGCAGUGUAUCUACUGGGAGACCAAAACCAGGUGGCAGACUUCCACUCCCAUCACAAGCCUCUUCCAGGGGAGCAACACCUCCACCCAGAGGUGGUGCGUGCAAUCUGGGACCUCUUUGGCAGAGCAGAGGUGGAUCUCUUUACCUCAGAGACGUUGACCAACUGCCCCCUUUUGGUUCUCCCUGACAGAGAUGUGGUCAUCUAGGCCAGGAUGCGCUGGCUCACCCUUGGUCCGAGGGUCUGCUGUAUCUUAGAUUUUUAAACUUUAACCAAAUAUAGAAUGUUUCAAAAUAAUAAUGAAUAGGAAAUUGAUCACUGAUUGAGUUUUUUUUUAGCAGAGUAUUUCCAAAUCAAAUGAAAUAAAAGUAUUUUAUGUGUAUUUAUGUAUUUAAUAACAGAUAAUCUGUAGUGUUGUACUGUAACACGGCCAUCACUCCGUUUGUACCACAGCCAGUAUUUGUGAAGUGCUGCUGAUCAGAUGAUGAUUGUCAAUGCUGUGUGUUAGGAAAACACUGAUUCUUGACAAUAAAUGCCUUUUAAUCCCA